GAUUUCUCAGGAAAAAUGCUAAAGAAAACGAACAGCCGACCUAACCGUCGCCUCCACCUCAUCCCAUUUUCCAGUCGCCGCCGCCGCUGCAGGAGCCGGAGCCGCCGCCGCCGCCGCCGCAGGAGCCGGAGCCGGAGGAUACCGCAAGCAGGUGAUUAUCCGAACACCUUGCCCUCUUCUUCAUCCCUGGGCGGGUGGAUCUUUCCCCCGGCAGCGGCGCCCGAGGGAAACCUCGGCCUCGCCGAGAGGGGGAUCGACGGGGGCGCUCGGGUCGUCGGCGGCGCGCGCCGUUCGACUUCCCGGGCGCCCCGCUUCCGGAUUCCUUCCCGUUGCGGGGCAGCGGCACGGGAGGAUCAGGUGUCGCCCUCAGUUCCUGCGUUGGUGUUGUUACCUGCGAAGGGGAAGGACAUGAAGCCCAGUGCCCAAUUCACUUAUUUAUCCUUCAAAGUAGAUGGACUAACUUCUGUCCUGUUUUAUCAUGCAGGCACUAAGGAAAUGCCACCGAAGAAGAAGAAGACGGGUGCCAAAAAGAAGGCUGUAAUCAACAAGCCUCCAAGGAUCUGCCAUUAUCUCCUUUUACCAGGGGAGAAUGGCACACCGGUUAUAGAUUUUGUCAAGAGCCUUUUGCCAGGGAAGAAGACGGGUGCCAAAAGGGAGACUGAUAUAAUGUGUGAUCAAGAACCAGUAGGCCAAACGCAGAGAUGGCUUAAUCCGCCAGCAAGUUUUACAGAGAGUGUGAAACAGAUAUUAUUCAGAAUAACCAAUAUGCCAUUAGACGUUAUUUCCUCUGGUUACUGUUUUGAAAGCUUGCGUCCGGAGAACAUAAUUGUCACAGACUACUUUGAGAUUCCAAAGUUACUGGUUGCUAACUUGAAGGAAAGAACCGCCGAGGGCACAAAGGCCAAUCUUACAGCCCUCGGCAACCUGCUUGACCAGUUGGUGAGCGAAACAAGUGAGAAGUAUUACACGGACUCAAGUAUUAACCCUGAGUUCAAGCAUCUGAUACAGCAUAUAAAAGGGUAUCAGCAAGGCGACCCUUUUUUUCUAAUGAGAUAUCCCAUCUGCUACGUUCCUUUGGAAAACCGGUCCUUUCUCUAUGCUGAAAUGUAUGAUUAUAUAAUGGAUAUUCUUAGAGAAACUGAUCCGGAGGCGUUCCAGUUUGUCAUCACCAGUCUGUCCUACCCCUUGGACUGGAAUGCUCAAUGUCAGAGUAACACAUACCUUCUUCAGUCCUUGGGCAGGUCAAGAUAUGAUCCCGAUGCGACCCGUUUCCCCGCAGAAUCGGAUCCUCGAUUGGAGGUACUGAGGUAUCACAGGAAUGGGCCUGCCCAUCCAUUAGAAGACGCAGCAGAUCCAUCCAAAGAAAAUGGGAUGUCCUCGACGAGGGCUGAUCUUGCGCAUAGACUUUAUUUCCUGUUUCCUCGUUUAAUGUCGUCAAUGCAAACCAGCUUGCACUUUCUUGGAGCUCUUCGGCACCUGGGAACAGAGAAGUUAUUUCCCUUUCAAGUCGGGAAACCUGAUGGUACUCAGUAGUGACUAGGAAGCAAGGGUAGUAACUCACUACGCUUUCUACAGCUGCACAUUGUGUAUCAUGUGUGUGUAAUUCCGGAGCUGGUUUUGCCCCCUGGAGGAACUUGAAGUGCAGCUCUAGUCUGAAUCUUGGAAUGGUGAAAAGAAUGUAGUUCAUCUAGCUUUCUUAGUGACCUAAAUAGUCAAGAUGUACAGUAUAUUUGAACAUGCUAGGAGCUGGUUUGCCCCCCGGUGUUGGUGGCACUUGAAAUUUGGUUGUAAAUACGUACAUGGUUUUCAAAAUAGGGAAGAGAAAAGUCAAGAAGCCUCUAAUGAUCAA